CGACUGUCAGUGGAAGAAGAUCGUAGGUUGUGUUUGCUUACUCAAACAAUUGAUGUUUUAUUGAUGUUAUUGCAUCUUUGAGUCACUUCUUUUAGUAUUUGCGUUAGGAUACAAUGGUAGUUGAGCUGAAAUGUAACAGAACAUCUUACACACAACAAGAUGGCUGUCUCAGUCCCCGCCUCACAGACUGUCCUGCUGGACACAGGGGAUCCUAUGCCCCUUUUGGGUUUGGGCAUGUACAAACUGAGCGCCGAGGAGGUUCACCGUGCUGUGGACGCGGCCCUGGCUGCAGGCUACCGGGCCUUCGACAGCGCCGCCGUGUACCGCAAUGAAGCCGACCUGGGUCACGCCCUCAAAGAUCUCUUGCCGAAGUACGGCUUGACCCGUGAGAAUGUCUUCAUCACCAGUAAGCUGGGGCCUAAAGAUCAGGGCGAGAAGGCCAUGAAAGGAGCCCUCUGCAGCCUGUCUAACCUGGGGAUGGAUUACAUCGACCUCUACCUGGUCCACUGGCCUGGCACUCAAGGCCUGGAUGUGUCUGACCAGCACAACCCAGACAACAGAGCUCAGAGUUGGGCCGCCCUGGAGGAUCUGUUCAUUCAGGGAAAGCUGAAGGCCAUCGGGGUGUCCAACUACACGCCCGCACACAUGAGGCAGCUCAUGCUCAGCUGUAAGAUUCGACCGGCGGUGCUGCAGGUGGAGUUCCACCCACAUCUGUGCCAGGACGAGCUGAGGAGCACGUGCAAAGAGUGGGGGGUGUGCUUCCAGGCCUACACUUCCCUGGGGAGGGGGGAGUUGCUCGCAGACCCUCUGGUGGCCGAAGUGGCAAAGUCUUGCAGCCGGACGCCUGCACAGGUGCUGCUGCGUUGGGCAAUACAGCAGGGCAUCCCGGUGCUGCCCAAGUCGUCCAAGCCAGAGCGGAUCGAGGAGAACGCCGGGGUAUUUGACUUCACGCUGUGCGAGGAUCACAUGCAGCGACUGUCGGCCUUGAAGCGAGGACGCAGGUUCUGCUGGGAUCCCUCCCAAGUGGUUUGAUGGUGGCACACAUUGAACUCCUGGAUGAUGUUUGGAGCCUCUUUUAUGAUCACAAAUAACUCUUGAAUCACUUUUAACAUGAUUUAUUUAAGACAGCAUUUAGAAGAUUCACAGCUGUAGAGAAAAUGUACAAAAUGCAACAUUUCAUUGUUUUUCCACACUACUUCAAGUAAUACCAAGUUGCAAAACUGCACAGGCCCGAGUAUUUUUUGUUGUUGUUUUUUCAUUUUGGAUAGAGCAUGAGCAUGAGCAUCAUGCCUAACGGCGAGUGCAGUUUAAGGCGGUACUGCGCGACCAGCGCCACACUUAGAACAAGUUCAAGGCAGGUAGUUGGAUUCUAGCUUCUUUACAUCGUUCUGCUCUCUAUCGAGGCGUCAGCACCUUGUACUUGAUGGAUGCAGGUCAACAAUAUUGUUACUUCAACACUUCUAUUAACAUUUGAUCCAACAUAGUAAAAAAAAUUUUU